GGGAGACACCACUGGGCAUUCCUCCACCACCUACUAUGGGUGCUACCAGUUCAAGACCUGCUGCACCCCCAGCCACAUCAGUGCCACCUCCUACUUUUGUUUUUGAGCUAAGGGACAUUGUCCAAGAGAUAGGGAGCAGUGAGAGUGAGAAGGAGGAUGUUGUUGAGUUUGGAUCAGAGGGUGAUGAGGAGGAUGCCUCUACUUCAUCUAUUAUUAGUUUGUUAGGUUUAGGAAAUGUUUAG